AUGUCAGACUGUACCAGCGAUGCAGAGGAAGACAGCUGCACCGAAGAAAGUGACACAGCCGAGCGCGAAAGUGCUCGGGGCUCGUACCACAGUCCACGCGUGGAUCGACCGUUCGUCGAAUUUGCGACGCCACUGGGCAACGGAACUUCGUUUUCUGUUGGGGACGCUCUAGUUCUGAUAAUGGACUAUGCCAUUGAAGAGGGACUGGCAUGGAGCAGCAUUGAAAAGCUUUUAAAGCUGCAAAACCGUCUGCUGGGAACGAGCUGCCUUCCCGAGAGUAAGUACAACUUUUGUCCCCGGCUGUACCUGUUCCGGAAAUUUGCGAGCGCCUCCCCCGACGACAUCACUUUCCACUUUUACUGUCCCACACUCUCAGAAAAAAAGUGCACCUGCGAAACACUCCUAGAGAAGACAACGGGUGCCUUGAAAAACAGACAGGACAUAUCGCCCACAUGCUCGGUGUGUGGAAAACAGUACGUGGGGCGGGAUCUGAUGUCAAAAGGCUGCUAUUUCGUCGGUCUACCCUUGGAGGCUCAGCUGUCAUCGGUUCUGGCAGAUGAAGAUGUACGACACAAGCUAGUGGAAUCCCUGGCGAAUGUAAACGCACCGAGGGCCCCAGAGAAGUCAGACGUAACUGAUGGGGACUUCUAUCAUCAACAGCGUGCCAAGCUCGGUUGUGAACCUCACGAUUUGACAGUUUCCAUGAACGCUGACGGCAGCCCGAUCUUCAAGUCUGCCAACUACGCCAUCUGGCCUGUGCAGCUGACGUUGAACGAACUGCCGCCGUGCUUGCGCUGGCGCUCCGUCAUUCUACCAUUGUUAUGGUACGGUGCAAAGCACCCCAACAUGACUUUACUUCUGCAAGCCUUCGCGACGCAAAUGAAAGGACUAGCCGAAGAUGGGAUUACCUGGAAUGCAGACGGAACAACAGUAAACUCCAAGGUCUACUGCAUCGGAUGUGUUCCAGAUGCUCCCGCGAGGGCUGCGAUGCAAAAUGUCAUACAGUUUAAUGGCUAUUACGGGUGUUCCUGGUGCCUUCACCCUGGAGUUUGUGUAAAUGGUUGCGUGAAGUAUCCAGUGAGUGCCGGUGUGAUGCCCGACAGUACCGAGGGCGGAAUGGUUGCGGACAUGUCUGAAGCAGCAGCGACCAAAAGUACAGUCCGCGGCGUGAAAGGCCCUUCACCACUCCUGAAUGUGCCAGGCUUCGACAUAGUCCGGAGUUUUACUCCGGACUACAUGCAUUGUGAACUGCUUGGCGUGACACGCCAGUUAACUGAGCUUUGGUUCUCGGCUGUUGGGGAAGACUUUUAUAUUGGAGACCCUUCACGUCAGUCUAUCGUGAGCGAACGAUUAUGUCAGCUGAAGCCACCUCAAUGCACCAAUCGACCGCCACGAGCCUUGAAGCUCCGCAGGUACUGGAAGGCGGCCGAGUGGCAAUGCUGGCUUUUUUAUUAUUGUCUGCUUUGCGUGAAGGACGUACUGCCAGGACAGUACUACAAGCAUUUUGAGCUCUCUGUGUCUGCUCUGUACCUGUUAACCAAGACAGUGGUACUAGAAGAAGAUGUUGAUGUCAGCACAGAGAAGAUGACAGAAUUCGUAGUGAUGACAGAAUGCCUGUACGGUAAGGCGCAGAUGACCUCUAACCUCCAUACUCUGCUGCACCUUCCGAAGGCUGUGCUGCUUCACGGGCCUUUGUGGGCACUCUCGUGCUUCCCGUUCGAAAGCAAUAUGGGUCAUCUCUUGAAGCUUGUUUCUUCAUCGAAUGGUGUGCCCUUUCAGAUUUUGUCGCGUACUCUUCGCCGCAAUAGCUUCUUUGAGCUAAAAUCUAUAGCCCCAGACGAAGUGCAUGCACACCUGUCAUUGAAGAAACGUGAAAAGCCAACCGACUUUCACCUUUUCGGUAAGCCAAGACAGCCGCCUCAGUAUCUCUCUGAACUCGUUGAGGAGCUGGCCUCAGCACAGGAACUUUCUGAGUAUGAUCGCGUGCGUGUUGCUGGACACACGCUCCACAUAACCCAGUACAGGCUUCCGUCGAAGCGAGAUUCGACGGCUCUUAGGCUGGGGAACGAGUACAUAAGGGCAGAACACAUACUCUCUGCAAGUGGUGACGAUGGGAGCCAAAGCGUGUACAUCGUGUCGUAUGUCUACGACGUGUCCGAUUUUGGAAAUGUGAAGCACCUUAAGCUUGCCACAAAACAAACCACUAAGAAAGUACACAAGCUUCGUGGUAAUGCAACUCCAUGUAUGUUUUUAGAUGUAGAUGGUGCUGUCAUUUUUGCACAGCUGUGUAACAGGUACGAGUGGUCGUAG